AAAUCUUAAUAAUCAAAUUGUCCGGUCCCUAUAGAAAACAGUCGUUCAACUUUAUAACUGGGCCCAGAUGUGCAACCAAUUGAAAUUAACACAAAAUGUUAAAUCGGAUUGGAUAAAUUUUUUUACGGACUUGAAUCAGGAUUCAAAUCCGCUUCUGCCUCUAUUCCCCUUUUUGUUCUUCAUUUCCUUUGUUUUCCCUCUCCAAAUUUCUAGGGUUUUUAUUAAGCACAGCUGCUUCUGACCUGCUUGAUCGGUGAAAGCUAAAUUCAGCAUCAACUUUCGUGAUUUUAAGCUUUCAGAAAUAUUAGGGGAUGGAAGUUACACAGGUGCUUUUCAAUGCGCAAUCUAUAGAUGGAACUGUUCGGAAGAAUGCUGAAGAAAGCCUGAAACAGUUCCAGGAGCAGAACCUUCCUGGUUUCUUGCUUUCACUUUCUGGAGAGUUGGCAAAUGAGGAAAAACCUAUUGAAACACGUAAACUAGCUGGUUUGAUACUUAAAAAUGCAUUGGAUGCUAAGGAGCAGCACAGAAAAUUUGAGCUUGUUCAAAGAUGGUUGUUGUUGGAUGCUACUGCAAAGAGCCAGAUUAAGGCAUGCUUAUUACAGACUUUGUCUUCUCCAGUAUUCGAUGCUCGUUCAACUACAUCUCAAGUCAUUGCAAAGGUUGCUGGCAUUGAGCUGCCCCAAAAACAGUGGCCAGAAUUGAUAGGUUCCCUUUUAUCAAAUGUUCAUCAGAUCCCAGCUCAUGCUAAGCAAGCCACUUUGGAGACGCUUGGCUAUUUGUGUGAGGAGGUCUCCCCUGAUGUUAUUGAUCAAGAUCAAGUAAAUAAAAUACUUACGGCUGUAGUUCAAGGUAUGAGUGCAUCUGAAGGAAAUAUUGAUGUGAGGCUUGCAGCUACCAGAGCACUUUACAAUGCACUCGGAUUUGCUCAAGCGAAUUUCAGCAAUGACAUGGAGCGUGAUUAUAUCAUUAGAGUUGUCUGUGAAGCAACUUUGUCCCCUGAAGUGAGGAUAAGGCAGGCUGCUUUUGAGUGUUUGGUCUCCAUUUCUUCAACUUACUAUGAGAAAUUAACACCUUACAUCCAAGAUAUUUUUAACAUCACAUCAAAGGCUGUUAGGGAAGAUGAAGAACCUGUUGCUCUUCAAGCCAUUGAAUUCUGGAGUUCAAUAUGUGACGAGGAGAUAGAUAUUUUGGAAGAAUAUGGAGGUGAAUUCACUGGGGACUCUGAUGUACCUUGCUUUUACUUUAUCAAGAAGGCACUCCCCGCUCUUGUUCCUAUGCUGUUGGAGACACUGUUAAAGCAGGAAGAAGAUCAAGAUCAGGAUGAAGGGGCUUGGAAUAUUGCAAUGGCUGGGGGAACAUGUCUUGGUUUGGUUGCGCGGACUGUGGGAGAUGAUAUCGUCCCUCUUGUUGUGCCAUUUGUUGAGGAGAAUAUAAUGAAACCAGAGUGGAGGCAGCGGGAGGCAGCAACUUAUGCUUUCGGUUCAAUCUUGGAUGGCCCUUCUCCUGAAAAGUUAAUACCUCUUGUGAAUGUAGCUCUUACCUUCAUGCUCAGUGCUUUGACAAAGGACCCCAAUAGCCAAGUCAAAGACACUACUGCCUGGGCCCUUGGACGUAUUUUUGAAUUCCUUCUUGGUUCGGCUGUAGAUUUGCCCAUCAUCACUCAGGCAAAUUGCCAACAGAUAGUCACAGUUCUGCUACAGAGUAUGAAGGACACUCCAAAUGUUGCUGAGAAAGCCUGUGGUGCUCUCUAUUUUCUUUCUCAAGGUUACGAGGGUGAGGGUGAAUCAUCUCCUCUAACUCCUUUUUUCCAGGAAAUUGUCCAGUCCCUCCUCACUGUCACUCACCGAGAAGAUGUUGGGGACUCCCGGCUGAGGACUGCUGCCUAUGAAACUUUGAAUGAGGUGGUGAGGUGUUCAACCGUUGAGACAGCUCCAUUGGUAUUGCAAUUGGUGACUGUCAUCAUGAUGGAACUUCAUAACACACUUGAGAGCCAGAAACUCUCAUCUGAUGAAAGAGAAAAACAGAGUGAAUUGCAAGGCCUUCUUUGUGGUUGUUUACAAGUCAUUAUUCAGAAGCUUGGUUCAUCAGAGACAACCAAGUACGCAUUCAUGCAGUAUGCAGAUCAGAUCAUGGGACUUUUCCUUAGGGUUUUUGCUUGUAGGAGUGCUACCGUACAUGAGGAGGCCAUGCUUGCUAUUGGAGCUCUUGCUUAUGCAAUAGGAGCAGAUUUUGCAAAAUACAUGCCGGAGUUUUAUAGGUACUUGGAGAUGGGUCUUCAGAAUUUUGAGGAGUACCAGGUCUGUGCUGUGACAGUUGGUGUUGUGGGUGAUAUUUCCAGGGCAUUGGAGGAAAAAAUUGUGCCUUACUGUGAUGGGAUUAUGACACAACUUCUCAAGAAUUUGUCUAGCAACCAGUUGCAUCGCUCUGUGAAGCCUCCCAUAUUUUCAUGCUUUGGUGACAUUGCAUUGGCAGUGGAAGAGUAUUUUGAAAAAUACCUAAUGUGGGCCAUGUCUGCACUUCAGAGCGCAGCAGAUUUGUCCACCCAUAUAGCAGGUGAUGAUGAACUGGUAGAGUACACAAAUUCCCUGAGAAACGGAAUCCUGGAGGCAUAUUCUGGGAUUUUCCAAGGGUUUAAGAACUCUCCCAAAACCCAGCUGUUGAUUCCCUAUGCACCUCACAUCCUCCAGUUUUUGGAUGGCAUAUACAUGGAGAAAGACAUGGAUGAUAUGGUCAUGAAGACUGCCAUUGGAGUCCUUGGUGAUCUAGCUGAUACAUUAGGAAAUCAUGCUAGUUCUAUGAUACAGCAAUCUGUAUCAAGCAAAGACUUUUUGAAUGAAUGCUUGUCUUCAGAAGACCUUCUGGUUAAAGAAUCUGCUCAAUGGGCCAAGUUGGCUAUUAGUCGUGCCAUUUCUGUUUGAGGGUGUUGCCAUUUGGCAUUUUUUAUUUUCUUUCGGAAAUCCAUGCAUCCUGGUGUGUUUAAGUCGAGGUCUGAGAUUGCAUGUGUCAAGUCAUCGCCAUUGUCAAGACAACUGAAAGUUUCUAGUCUUCACGUUGUCACUAACUCUUGCAUUAUCAUGAUGGGGUCGGAUUCUUAUGUCAUUCAUGAAGUGGAUUGGGAUGGUUUCAGAGAAUCAAACUUUUUAUCUCCUUUGUCAAGUCAUCCCGAUUGUCAAGACAACUAAAGUCACUACUCUUCACGUUGUCAUUAACUCUUGCAUCAUCAUGGAGUCGGGUUCCAAUUUCAUUCAUGAAAUAGCGGGAAUCUUUCAAACUCGAACGGUUCAAAGGGGGAGGAAUUAGGAACCGUAACAUGUCAGAUUCAAUAACUAGUCAGGUACCUCGGUCACUUGCUGUAUUACCACUCUCCUUGUGAUUUGUCAAUUUAAGGUCCAUUGGGAUGAAUGGCUGAGGAUGUGGUUCAAGUGCGGCAAUACUUCAAAGACAUAUCUCAUGUACUGUAUUUCACCAUUGUCUCACCCAGUUUUGGUUCCCUAGUGUUCUGCCACAUAUUUUGUCAAGUACACAUCAGUUGGGUUUCAUUUAACCAUCACCGCUUCUUUUUUUUUAUUGAUGGGGUUUGGUCUUUUUGGUACAUAUAAAUGGAGUUUGGUGGUUAUCCACAUGCUGCAUUUUUUUUUUUUUGUGGGGGAGGCGGGGAGCAUUCCAUCCUGCAUCCCAUCAUUGUUCUUUUGGUUUGCGUUUCUUUUUGGGUUCUUUGAUUUGAAUUUUACCAAAUUCUGGAGUCAGUUUGUUCAAAUAUCAAGCAUUCAUUCUUAAA